UGCCCUCAACCUCCAAUACAAGACCUCUGCUAAAAAUGGUACGAAAGAAAAUAGAUAACAGGAUACGCGUUUUGAUUGAAAAUGGAGUCAACUUGGGUCAUAGAACUAUGUUCGUUGUUGUGGGUGAUAAAGGACGAGAUCAGGUGGUAAUAUUACAUCACAUGCUGUCCAAGUCUGUGAUAAAAUCGAGACCCUCGGUGCUAUGGUGCUACAAAAAAGAAUUGGGUUUCAGCAGCCACCGUAAAAAGCGAAUAAAAUCCUUACAGCGCAAAAUUAAGACUGGCAAGCUCAACGUCAAUGAAGAUGAUCCCUUUGAGCUAUUUGUUGUGUCCACUAAUAUUCGUUACUGUUAUUAUGCAGAAACUCACAAGAUAUUGGGAAAUACAUUUGGCAUGUGCGUUUUACAGGACUUUGAAGCCCUUACUCCUAAUUUAUUGGCACGAACCAUUGAAACUGUGGAAGGUGGAGGCAUAAUAGUUCUGCUUCUACAAUCUCUGAAUUCGUUGAAGCAGCUUUAUACUAUGAGCAUGGAUGUCCACCAACGUUUUCGUACAGAGGCCCACCAAGAUGUUGUCUGCCGAUUCAACGAGAGAUUUCUACUUUCGCUUGCAUCUUGCAAUCGCUGUCUGGUAGUAGAUGAUCAACUGAGAGUGCUUCCAAUAUCUUCUCAUAAUUUAAAAAUUGAAACUGUAGAAAAGCCAAGCAUAUCUGAACAACAGACUGAGCUGGGCAUUCUGAUGGAAAAUCUUCGUGAUACGCAACCUGUUUCUGCACUAGUCAAUUGUUGCAAGACUGUUGAUCAGGCCAAAGCAUUACUUACCUUCAUUGAAACAAUAUCAGAGAAAACUUUGAGGUCGACUGUUUCUUUAACUGCUGCUAGAGGACGUGGAAAGUCUGCAACGAUGGGUCUAGCUGUUGCUGGUGCAGUCGCGUUUGGUUACUCAAAUAUUUAUAUUUCCAGCCCCAGCCCAGAAAAUUUAAAUACCUUCUUCGAAUUUGUUUUCAAAGGAUUUGAUGCCUUGGCAUAUCAGGAACACAUGGACUACGGUUUAGUACAAUCUACUAAUCCUGAAUUUAACAAAGCGACAAUUCGCGUUAAUAUUUUUAGAGAUCAUCGACAAACUAUACAGUACAUUCAUCCAACCGACGUAAAUAAACUAAGUCAAGCUGAAUUGCUGGUAAUUGAUGAAGCCGCAGCAAUACCACUGCCUUAUGUCAAAUCCAUGUUGGGACCUUACUUAGUUUUUCUCGCUUCUACGAUAAAUGGGUACGAAGGUACAGGACGCUCUUUAUCAUUAAAACUACUACAACAAUUGAGAACCCAGACGACAGGGUCGAAUAAACAUGAGAAGACUUCUCAUCCUGGCAAAGAUAACCAUACAAUUGGAAGGCAGUUGCACGAAAUCACACUCGAAGAAUCUAUUAGAUACAAGCCUGGUGAUUCAGUUGAACAGUGGCUUACAGAACUACUUUGCCUUGACGCAAUGACACAUGCUCCAGUACUUUCUGGUUGCCCGCCACCUGACACUUGCCAAUUGUAUUAUAUUAACAGAGAUACGUUGUUCUGUUACCACAAAGCCUCAGAAAUAUUUCUGCAAAGAUUGGUUGCCCUCUACGUUGCCUCACAUUAUAAAAACAGUCCAAACGACCUGCAAAUGAUGUCUGAUGCUCCUGCGCAUCAUCUUUUUUGCUUACUGGGACCAGUUGAUCCAAAUAAAAAAGCAUUGCCUGAAAUAUUAGUCGUAAUUCAGGUUUGCCUAGAAGGUGAAAUAAGUAAAUCAUCCAUAGCAGAUGGACUUGGAAGAGGACGUAGAGCGGCUGGUGAUCUCAUACCAUGGACUAUUGCCCAGCAAUAUCAAGAUCAUGACUUUCCCAUGCUCGCAGGGGCACGAAUAGUUCGCAUCGCGACUCAUCCGAAUUAUCAUGGGAUGGGUUAUGGAAGUAGGGCACUGAAUCUUUUGAAGCAAUAUUAUGAAGGAAAAAUACUAGAUAUUGAUGAAAAAGUUGCGGAAUCCGUUACAGAGAUUACACAAAUCAAUGAUGAAGAAGUAGGUCUACUCGAAGAAACUAUAGAACCUCGCAGUUCACUACCACCAUUGCUAUCAAAAUUGAACGAAAGAGAGCCUGAAGAUCUAGACUACAUCGGUGUAUCGUUUGGCCUGACAGAACCACUUCUCAAAUUCUGGAAAAGAGCAAACUUUGUUCCUGCCUAUUUACGACAAACAGCAAAUGACUUGACUGGAGAAUACUCUAGCAUUUUAUUAUGCAAACUGGGGAAUGAUCAAAAAGCGGGCUCAAGCUGGUUGGAAGCAUAUGCCAAUGAUUUCCGCAAGAGAUUCACAACUCUCUUGUCAUUCUCAUUCAAUACUUUUUCUCCAUCCCUCGCGUUGGGUGUUUUAACGAAUAAAGCCAUACCGGCAUCUCCAAUUACUCUGACGAAGGAUAAGCUUGAUGUUUAUUUCACAACGUACGACAUUCGGCGGCUGGAAAUGUAUAGCAAUAACAUGGCUGACUACCACUUAGUUAUGGACCUACUUCCUGCCUUGGCUCGAUUAUAUUUUCUGCAGAUGAUGGGUGAUGUGCAUUUUUCACCAGUGCAAUCCGCAAUACUGCUCGGUUUAGGUCUGCAACAUAAAACAGUUGAUAAAUUAGUAGAAGAAUUGGGUCUUCCAUCUUCGCAACUCUUGGGAUUGUUCAAUCGUGUUAUACGAAGAUCGGUACAAUACUUAAACACAAUUACGGAGAACUUUAUCGAAAAAGGAAUGAUUACGAACACAAGUGCUACUACAGAAGUAAAUUUGAACCCAAUUGGUGGCAGGAGUAUGCAUGAGGAACUUGAGGAUGCAGCUAAGGAACUCAAAGUUAAGCAAAGAGUUGAACUAGAUAAGUUAAAACGAGAGAAUCUCAGUCAGUAUGCGAUAAAAGGGUCGGAAACUGACUGGGAUGCAGCACUCUCUGGAAAAAGCAAGAGCAAGUCUUUGGUUUCAGUUAAAACUGCUGAUAAGAGAGUAGCACCUGACGAUGUCAAGGAUUUUCCGAAAAGCGGGCAGAAAAAGAAGAAGAAACGUUUUUCUAAGUAAGAAGUAGCAUACUUUUCAAUUAAUACAAAUUGUACAUCAGACGUAUUCAAUGAAAUAAUUAACCCCGAAUGGAAUAAAACUUUGAUUUUGAUCAAAAUUA